UUGUGUCUGUGUGUGUGUGUCUCACCAGACAUUGAUGAGUGUACCGAUGGCUUCGUGGAGUGUGACAGCAGAGCCAUCUGUGUUAACCUGCCUGGCUGGUACCACUGUGAGUGUCGGGACGGCUACCAUGACAACGGGAUGUUCUCAGCCAAUGGGGAGUCCUGUGAAGAUAUAGAUGAGUGUGCGACAGAAAGACACAGUUGUGCUAACGAUACGGUGUGUUUCAACGUGGACGGAGGCUACGACUGCAGGUGCCCUCACGGCAAGAACUGCACCGGGGACUGUAACCAUGACAACAAGCACAAACACAACGGGCAGAUCUGGGUGCUGGACAAUGACAGGUGCUCCGUCUGCUCCUGCCAGUCUGGUUUGGUGAUGUGUCGUAGGAUGGUGUGUGACUGUGAGUCCACCACAGCCGACCUGUUCUGCUGUCCAGAGUGUAACCCAGGCCUCAGCAGCCAGUGUCUGCACCAGAACAGACUAAUUACAUACAGCAGUGGAGACACCUGGGUGGAGAACUGCCAGCAGUGCCAGUGUAUG